UUUUCUUUGGCCCCGACAGCUCCUGCCUUAGUGUCCAUCUUUACCCGAUGGUCAGGGUGCAAAACAACCCUUAGGCUAGCUCACCCCCCGUGUGGCUCACCCUUCCUGGCUGCUUCCAGACGAGCGACUGACACACACACACACCUACACACACGCGCUCACACACCGUUUAUCUCUGUCACACACGCGUGCAGUCUCUCGCUUGUGCCCUGCCCUCAAUCUCGAAGAUCGUAGUAAGGCGUGUGCGAGGGGUUUUUUUAUGCCUCCCGUUGAGCGUCGAGAUUUGCUGCCACAGACUGAAAUCCCGUCAGACUCAAUCCGGACGACGCCCGACCAGCUCGUGCAUUUGGUUCGUCCGUGGCCUCCUGUGUGAGUGUGGCGCAACUUCUUCGCAAGCAGCUACAACGGCUUAAACUCGACCGCUCAUCGUCAUCAUCACACUUGGUGCGGCACCAGCUCGAUCUCCGCGGAGGCCCCGAGGAGUUUUGAUAAAUAAUUUGGACUCCUCCUGGUGGACCAGGUCGUAAUGAAUUUAAUUUGUUACUUACUUAUUUAAUUAAUAAAGCCCUAAUUAAUAAGCGUGAGAGAAGCGUGUGUGUGUGUGUGCACGCGUCUAUGGGUGACUCUUUUGCCGAGCGCCAGGUGUUUUGUGAUCGAAGGCGUCGCGUAGUUGCCUUUCUGUGCAGUGCGUACCAGUGCGUGGUGUAUGUGUGUUUUUGUGUUUGUGUAUCCGUGUAAGCCGCAGAGUUUUUGUUGUUCGAAUUGUUCUCCACCAGUGUUGCUGUACUUCAACUUUCGCCAUUAGUUUGUUUACGUUCUUACGAGAAUACAUUGCGCAAAACCGGGAAGAUAUGCAAAAAGUUUGUGCGUGUUCACCGCCGUGAUACAGAUGCAGCAGCAUCUAACGACUUUACCCGUCGAUUUGUUUGAAGCAGUGGAUUUUAGUGAAUUUUAAUACCUAAAUGGAAGUGGAUUUUGGUCCUAAUGUACUUCGCGACGUAAAAAAGAGCUUUCUAGUGCAACUAAAGUAUACGAUACAAUAACCACACCAACGUGAGUUACAUUUGUUACAAAAAUCUAAUGUAAGUGGAUAGCUGAAAGAGGACUGCCAGAGAGAUAAAAAAGGGUGCUUUUCAUACGAACAACACAACAUCUAAAUAAGGCACAGUACAGGAUGUGUUCGACCACUGGACACCACACUUCCGACUUAUGCUAAUCAACGUUUUCCAUCGCGGGAACACAAACGGUCAAACUGUCGGCGCUAUCGAUACGCAACUUCUCAGCAAAUAUGCUGAACAAUCUCAACGCAGCCGGAUUGGGUGUUUAUCACUUCUACCCGUCCGCAGGUCCGAAGGAAUGCGAUCUGCCAAAAUCGGGCCUCACGUCCCUGCACGGUGCGACCGGAUUCGGCCAGCUACCCAACUCGGCCACCACCGCCGCCGACAGCAACGGCAACCGGUUGCACGUCAACAGUGGCGGCGCUGGUAACGGUGGCUCGGGCGGUGGCACGGGCGGCGGCGGCACAGGCGGUGGCGGAUCCGGUGCGGGAUCCCUGUGCGAACCGCACAACAUACACCAGGAUCAGAAUGCUGACAAACAUGGCGCAAAACAGAAACGGCACCGAACACGCUUCACCCCGGCCCAGCUGAACGAGCUGGAGCGCUGUUUCUCCAAGACGCACUAUCCGGACAUCUUCAUGCGGGAGGAGAUUGCCAUGCGGAUCGGACUGACCGAGUCACGAGUGCAGGUUUGGUUCCAGAAUCGACGAGCCAAGUGGAAAAAGCGAAAGAAGACCACGAACGUAUUCCGGACGCCGGGAGCCCUGCUACCCUCACACGGACUACCCCCGUUCGGGGCCAACAUAACCAACAUAGCCAUGAGCGAAAGCUUAUGCGGCACGUCAAUGUUCGGGGGCGAUCGAUGGGGCGUCGGUGUUAAUCCGAUGACUGCCGGAUUCGGUCAGCUGAACCAAUCAUCCUCGCUUUCCUCGACGCUCAACACGGGUCUUAACUCGGGCAUCAACAUAUCCUCGGCGAUGGGAGCCGGCGGGUAUCAUAACUAUGGACUGAACGCGUUAGGUGAUACGAUGAUGUACCAACAUUCGGUUGGCGGUGUAGGCUGCACGGGAGGCUCACCCACGUCCACCCCGCCCAACCUCAACGCUUGCUCACCAUCCACUCCACCGCUAACCAAUAGUGGCCAGCAGCCGAACCAGCCUCAGCAGCAACAGCAUCAGCAACAGCAGCAACAGCAGCAGCAACAGCAACAGCAGCAACAGCAAGGUGCCAGCCAGAACGAUGCAUCGGCCAACGGUGAAAUGCCCGGCCCUAAUCAGCACGGCAUCGGUAACUGUCAGAGCCUGUCGGCCGGCGGUACCCCGGACGGAGACGACGACGUUUGGCGAGGUCACAGCAUAGCGGCCCUGCGGCGCCGGGCGUCCGAGUUGAAUCAAACCAUGCCCUCCUACUUGCACGCGCACAAUUACGAUCACCACAACUCAGUGUAUUGACUGCAGCUGUUCAAAUGAGUGGCCAGCUUGCAGCACAACUAAUCAUUGUAAACGGUGCCGUGUAGAACCGGUACACGAAUACUGAAUACCGGAGCAGUAUUACCAUGCGGUGUAGGACGGCUGGACCUUGCCAGGACGGCUGGGCCUUGCCAGGACGACCGGUCUAUCUUCGUUUUAUUUGUGUUUUUCAGCCCUUUUUCUGUUUCAUUAGUCUGUUACAUUCGUCGCUAAGAUAGUUCGUGCUUCUGUUUAUUCUGCUAUCGAUCGUAGGAUGGGAUGGAUGGGCGAGGGGAAUGAUGAAGGGAGGUGGGGAGGGUGGAAGGCGGGGGAUAAUUGACCCGCGAUCCCACAACAUGUAAAUCAAAUUCAAUGUAAAGUUUAGUCUCAUAUCAUCGAAUAGCAAAGAGAGCAGAUCAUCAUAUGAAGCGUAGAUACUAAAGCAAGCAGACACAUAAGAGCUCCACCUGAAACCGACGUAUACGAGAGCAACCCUAGUGUGGUGGGGAGUAUUCGCGCUUAGCCGAUCGUCAUUAAUCCGCUAAGCAAACAAAAAAGCGGAUACACACACACACACACAUUAAACAAUUCAAUUGUAAUGAACGUAACUUAUUUGCAUGCAACCCAAGCUCUAACACAGGAGUUGGGGUCGAGUUCCCCCAAAAGUUUAGACGGACCUGUAGUAGAGCAUUAAAGCACCGAUACACUCCCUAGUGAUCAAGUAAACUAUCGAGCCUAAAAGAAUGAAAAACAUCAAGCGUUAACCAAUGUAUACGAAACACAGGCCACCCGUCGAACGAGCGCGUGUUUGGAACACAGAAACUACAGGAUGCGUUUAGCAACUGCGAAACACAGGCGAAUGAAGACAACAGCAACAACAAAAAAUCCAAAAUUUCAAGAGACUUGAGACCAUGUAUACGAUUACACGAUAACGAUUAGUGGAGACCUGUGAGAACAUGUGGAGGAAGAAAUUAUAUUAUGAAAACUAUAUAUAAAACUAUAUAUAUACAGACACGCAAAUACAUACAAAAGUACAUUUAAUCGGAAAGCAAAUGCCUCGAUCGUGCAGUGCGCUGCGCUGACGGAAGUCACGGAAAAAGGGUAGUAACUACGCUACAAACGCAACAUCAUAGAAGAACGUAAACGCACUCCAGCCAGGAAACAACUUAUUGUAAAUAAUCGCCUACAUCUUUCGUUUAUUUCUCCCACAAAUUACGCCACGUGCAAAGCGAACUAUUCCAUGCUAUCUGAGGCAGUAUUCUAUUGCAACAUCUGUUCAUUGGAAUUUUGUUGUAGGUGCAAUCCGUUUUUUUUUUUUUAAAUUUUCUAUCGCAUAUUGAUUUGCGUGGAUUAAACAAUAACGCAGUGCUUUGCGAUUUGAAAAAAGUCAUGAGGAAUGUCCGAUGAGCAACAACAAGCAGCAGCAGCAGUAGCAAGAUCGAUGCCAAAAGGGUCAGAAAAUAUGUAUGUUAGUAAAAGUAAACUAUAGUAUUGAUAUCGAAUAAAAAGAACAUUCAUUUGAUUCAA